AUGUUCGCUCGCGUCAACCUCGUCCUUGCAGCCCUCGCCACACACGCCCUCGCAGCCACGUACUCUCAGUCCGACAGCCACCAGGGCACCGGGUUUUACAACUCCUUCUCGUUCCAGGCGAUCUCGGACCCAACGCACGGGCGUGUCAACUACGUCGACCAGGGCACGGCGAUGUCGAAGAACCUGACAUACGCCAGCGGGGACACGUUCAUUCUUCGCGCCGACCACACGACGACGCUCAGCUCGAGCGGCCCCGGGCGCGACUCUGUCCGGCUGCAGAGCAACAAGCAGUACACAACGCAUGUCACGGUCUGGAGUAUCCGCCACAUGCCUGUGGGCUGUGGCACUUGGCCUGCGAUCUGGGAGGUCGGCAGUGACUGGCCUAACAACGGCGAAAUCGACAUCCUCGAGGGCGUGAACGACCAGGGCCCGAACCAGGCGACGUUGCACACCGGCGCAGACUGCACGAUGCCGUCGUCGCGCUCGCAGACCGGGACGUCGGCGGGGAACAACUGCGACGUGAACGAGACGAACAACGCCGGCUGCGGCGUGCAGUCCAACACCGCGUCGAGCUACGGACCCGCGCUCAACUCCGCGGGUGGCGGGUACUACGCGAUGGAGCGCACGAACUCGUUCAUCAAGGUCUGGUUCUGGCCGCGCAACUCGGGCAACAUCCCCUCCGACGUCAAGAGCGGCUCCACGUCGAUCAACACCGGCAAUUGGGGUACGCCAUUCGCGUACUUCCCAAGCCAGUCUUGCGACCUGUCGUCCCACUUUGGCGCGCACAACAUCAUCAUCAACCUCACGUUCUGCGGAGACUGGGCUGGCGCCGUCUUCAACUCUGACGGGUGCUCCGGCACGUGCUCCACGUACGUGAACCAGAACCCGUCCGCAUUCACCAAUGCAUACUUCGACAUCCAGUGGAUCAAGAUCUAUCAAUAA